UUGUCAACUUUAAUUUUGACACUUGCGCGAGAUUUCGAAAUAUUAUUGUUGUUUGUUUGUGAAUUGUGAAUAAAUUCUAAUAUAAAGCACUCCGGACAUUGUGGGUGUAGCUUGUUUAAUUCAUUUAAAACAUUUGAAAGAGUAUUGAGUGCACCAACUCAUAUUCAUUGUCUGAAUAAUGACAACUGCUAUUAGUAGUUCUCAAAAAAAGAACGCGAAUUCCAACAAUGCCCAGCCCGGUGGAGUACGUAAGAAAUCGGGCCCGAAAUUCGAGCUAUCGGAAGAGCAAAGAAGAGAUAUAAAGGAAGCUUUCGAUUUGUUUGACACUGAGAACACAGGCAAAAUUGAUACAAAGGAGCUAAAGGUUGCUAUUAGGGCUCUUGGGUUUGAACCAAAAAAAGAAGAGAUCAAGAAAAUGAUUGCAGAAAUUGAUAAAGGCGAUGGAAAAGUAUCAUUUGAGGAUUUUAUGGAUUUAAUGACUGUCAAAAUGGCAGAAAAGGAUACAAAAGAAGAGAUUAUGAAAGCCUUUAAAUUAUUUGAUGAUGAUGAAACAGGUAAAAUUUCAUUCAAAAACCUAAAACGAGUGGCACGGGAAUUAGGCGAGACCUUAACUGAUGAGGAAUUGCAUGAAAUGAUUGAUGAAGCUGAUAGAGAUGGUGAUGGUGAAAUCAACCAAGAAGAAUUUUUAAGAAUAAUGAAGAAAACAAGCCUCUACUAAUAAUUAAAAAAAAUUAUAACAUCAAUUAUUAUAAUAUACUUUAUUUUCUUGCACAAAUUGAGUCUGUAAUUAUGUAUUUUAUGUAAUUAACAUAGUUGAUAAGUAUACUAUAAUAAGUGAUUAAUUCUAAUAUUAACAUAUACAGUAUAGUAUUAUAUCUUGGUUUUAAAUUCAAAUGAUUUUAACAAUAUAUAUUUAGUAAUUUAAUAAAUAAUUACCAGUUAUAAUUCUUUCUGAUUGUAGUAAAAGCAGUCCUUUUAAAUAUUUAUGUAAUAUCAAGGUAAACCAGUAAAUAUCAAGGUAUACUUAUUUUUACUGGUUUCCUGUGAGCUGUGUUUAAAAAUCUAAUAUUAAGUCUGUAUUCUCUAAGAAUCUAUCACUGCACCAAACUGUUGUCUCCUCAUAUCCUAAACAUUAUGACUGAUACUAUAAAUCUCAUUUUCAAAGUAUUUUACUAUUAUAAAAUAAAAGCCUAAUAAACUAUAAAUUUCUAAUUAUAUUAUAAAAAACUAUUUUAAU